AGUUUCUUCAAAACAGCGCCAUCAAGUUUAUAAUGGAAUUUGAGGCCGCUGAAUUUGAAGUGAACUUCACCAGAAAAUUCAUUGUUAAAGCUUUAAAUCCCUUGGUACAGCCUCAUAUCCUCACUCUCUCAAACCUAGACUUACUCUCAGGCCGCUUUCCAGUCACGUACUUCUAUUUCUAUCCCAAAAAACCACAUGCCAACGAUAAUAUCACAGAAUCUUUCAAGAGCUCCCUAGCCAAAACCCUCGAUAGUUACUACCCAUUUGCUGGCCGAAUUGUCAUAAACCCAAGUACCAACGAACCUGAAAUCAUGUGUGACAAUACCGGAGCUCUAGUUCUUGAAGCGCGAGCCAACAUUCCUUUAAACACAUUAAACUUCUAUGAUCUUGAUCAAUCUCUGCGAGUGAACAAGUUAGUCUCCAUUUAUCCUGAUAUUCCUUUGCAAAUUCAGGUCACAUAUUACACUUGUGGGGGUGUUUCGAUCACGUUCACCUUUGACCAUGCACUUGGGGAUGCUAGCAGCUUUGGUAAGUUCCUCCUUUCGUGGUCGGAGAUCGCCCGAAACAAGCCAAUCUCCUGUGUACCGGAUCACCAGAGACGCCUCCGAAUUAGUGCACGCAACCCUCCUAGGUACCACUCUUCCUUGGACCAAAGUUUUGUCAAGUGCACCAUGGAAGAGAUCAUGAAUAUACCAACAACCAAACCCUUGGUCAAGAGGCUUUAUUUCAUCAAUAAUUCCAGCAUUAAUCAGCUGCAAAGUCAAGCAUGUCGAAAUGGUAAGAAUAGAACAAAAAUUGAGGCAGUCUCCGCUUAUGUAUGGAAAACUAUGGUCAGAGCCAAUAUAAGUAGCACUUGCAAAACCCAGAAUACAACGUGCAAGAUGGGGUGGCUGGUGGAUGGACGAUCUAGGUUGCAUAGAAGAGAUCAUAAUAAUCACAAUGCAAACUCCAAUAUGUCAAACUACAUAGGGAAUGUGUUGUCUUUGGCUUUUGGAGAGGCGAGUGUGAAUGACUUGAAGAAGGGCUCUAUAUCAGAUGUUGCUAGCAUGGUGCGUGAAGCAAUUUCCAAGGUAACAAAUGAAGAACAUUUCUUGGAUUUAAUUGAUUGGAUUGAGUGCCACAGGCCAGGACUAAUGCUAUCAAAGAUUGUGCUCGGACAAGGUGGCGGAGAGCCGGCACUUGUUUUGUCCUCGGGAAGAAUGUUUCCGGUUGCUGAAUUGGACUUCGGAUUUGGAAGUCCGGUGCUGGGUACAGUGUGUUCAACAAUUGAGAAGAUUGGAGUGGCUUACAUGAACCAAAGGCCAAGUGCAAAGGGUGAUGGUUCCUGGACUGUAUCAUGUAUCCUAUGGCCAGAAUUAGCAGCUGCUUUAGAAUCUGACUCCAUUUUUCAGCCCAUGACUGCUGGCCAUCUACAACUUCAAUCCUAAUCUGCUAGUGCUAGUCAUGUAUAUUCUUCUGUAAGCAUCUCAACUUGUAAGUUAAAGUAUUGAAUCCCAGGAUUAGACCCAUU